GAGCUAGCUUCAGAGUGUCCCGACUGCCGAGGCUGGCAGGCAAGAGGCGACAGGGAAGGACCGGACUCAAGGACCUUUUUGGGGGAAAGAACCGAGACAACACCACCAACUCGGACGGACACGAAGGGAUUACAACGUUUUUAUUUGCGGUUUGGGGUUUUCCAAACGGAUCAAAGCAUCGCUAACGUUUCAAUGUUAGCUGGAAGUUUGUGAUGAUGUGGUGACGCGACGGGAAGCUAACGUCAGUGGCUAACUUCAUAGCUACUUGAUAGAUUAAUCACUUUUAGCAAAGCUUUUAAAACCUAUUUUUAAAUCAAUAUUUUCGGUAAUGUAAGAUAAAAGCUAUGAGAUGUUUUACCAUGUUGUCUACUUUUAUAUGGAAUAGAGAGUAUCUUUAGAAGUUAGUCCAUUUAAUCUAGCAACCGUUAGCUACCUAGCUGGCUAGUGGCUAACAUUGGCUAGCUGUCGACUUUUAAACUCCCAAAUAAUUCUGUUUCAAAUUAGCUAAGGCUAGCCGGGCUACAACUGUUUCCACUUAACCUUACUGUACCAUCACAUGUCUAGCUGGUGUGAUAUCUUAUUACCAGCUGGUUAAACGUAAUGUCCGUUUGUUUUGAAAAGCAAAAAUAAGACACUUUACUUCCAAAUCUACUGUAUAUAUGCAAGCUUACUUAAUGCUAGCUUGCUAACGUUGGGUUAGCCGGCCAAACUUGGAAAACUGCCCCUCUGCUCACUUGAUGUGGGUUUCUCUUUGAGGCCUUUAGGAAAUUAUCCCCUCUUUUUUUCACCCAGAAGACUCGUUUUUUGACAGCCUUAUUACAGCCCUGCCUGGAAAUGGAUUUUAUAUUCUAAACUAAAGGAUAUUUGUGAAGGUUUUAACACACGAUUGGAGUACCUGGACUUUGUUGACGUUUACUUGGCAUCAUAAAGUAACGUGGAUUACAAAGGCUGUUGGAAUAACUACAUUCUUCAAAGAUGAUGUGCGAGGUGAUGCCCACCAUCAGCGAGUCGGAGGGGGGCGGCGGGCGGCGGGGCUCGGGCUCCCCGCUGCAGUCGGACUCUGAAGGUCACUUUGAGUCGCUGAUGGUGUCCAUGCUGGAGGAGAGGGAUCGUCUUCUGGACACUCUGAGAGAGACGCAGGAGAAUCUGGGCCUGACGCAAGGCAAACUGCACGAAGUCAGCCACGAGAGAGACUCCCUGCAGAGACAACUCAACACCGCUCUGCCACAGGUCAGCUUUGAGGAUAUGAUAAUGUGUAAAGUGAGACUAAAGAGAUGUACCGCCUCCCAAAGCUGCACCAGACUUAGAAAGCUGCACAACUAAAGAGAGAGAAACUCC